AUGGUUGGAAUUACCACUUCAAGAGAAGUGUGGAAUACUUUAAAGCAGAGGUUUACCUCAACUUCAAGGGCUAACAUACUCAAUCUGAAGUUGGAAUUUCAAAGUCUCAAGAAAGGUUCAGAUUCAGUGAACAACUUUCUGUUGAAGAUUAAGAUCGCUCGUGAUAAACUUCUUGUAGUUGGAGUAGUGGUGGAUAAUGAAGAACUCAUCUGCAUUGUUCUUCGAGGUCUACCCAAGGAUUUUGCUCACUUUUGUUCAGCAAUCCGUAUUAGGAGUGAACCAAUUACCUAUGAACAACUCUCAAUUAUGCUGCAGAGUGAAGAACAGGCCAUGGCAGAGAGUCUUGAUAGCUUUUCACACUCUCUAGCCAUGUUUGCUUUUGGAAAUAAGGGCUCCAUUAGCUCUCAUCUCCAGCCACACAACCAUGGUGGUUUCAAUGGUGGCUCUAAGAGAGGAAGAGGAAGGAACAAUGGUAAUAGGGGUAGAGGUGGAGGAAGGUUCAACAACAGUCAUGGUGGACAUCAACACCAGUUUUUCAAUUCCCAACCUCAACAGAAUUAUAACUCACCUCAGAAUGCUCACUUUGGAGGUCAAUUUGGUGGUCAAUCUGGUGGUCGGACCUUCAAGAAUGAUAGACCUAGCUGUCAGAUUUGUGGCAAGACAGGUCACCAAGCUCUUGACUGUUAUCACCGAAUGGAUUUUGUCUAUCAAGGCAAGAAUCCACCAACCAAACUAGUAGCAAUGGCUUCAGCAUCUAAUGCAGCCUUAACCAAUUGUCAAGAUCCUUGGUUAGCUGACUCAGGCACUUCAGACCAUCUCAUUGUUAACUUGAACAACCUUUUUGUUCAGUCACAGUAUAAAGGUUCAUAA